AUUUAUAUCACCAUUGUUUAAAGACAUGUAAUAUCAAACAUUACCAUCAUAAUAUAAACUGAUAAUAUAUGCCUCAAUUACUUUUUUUCAAAAUAUUCAAAGUGAAGAAAAUUAUGAAGAUUUCAACUAAUAUGAUUUUUAUGUGUAAACUGUAAAGAUUUUUAAAUUCUGACUUAAAAACAAAAGAAAUAUAGUGAUUAAAUUUAAUUGAGGAAAUAACUAUGCAGUAACCAACCGGGUUGCUAACUGGUCCCAUCCUAGUUGUCGACAUAUUUCUCCUCCUUUUGUAUUACUAAUUUAAUUAGUCAAAGAAAAUCCCCAUUGACUUACAUAUAAUUAUUAUUAUACAUUUAAAAUGGUACACAACAAAUUAAACGUGCCUUCAAAUUGAAAGCGAUAAACCAAGGUAGCCAAGGUUGACUUCUAUAUGCAUUUUUGUUUUCCAGUUAAUUCCGAGUUUUGGCAAUUUUAAGUAUAUAUACAUUAGUGUCUUGGACUGUCUUUCGUGGAUUCCAAAAGCAACAAAGAUUUUAAAGAUUCCAAUUUCAUUGAUUUUCCAAAGUUUUCCCACCACACCAAACAACUUAUCUAAAGAAUGACAUAUGAUCUAAACCACAAUCUCUUCAUGAAAAGAAGGUUAUCAACCUAAGUGUUACUACUUACUUAGGGUGGAUUUGGAUUGAAGGAUUUGGAUUUUUUAUUUGGAUUUUGAUCUGAAUUUUCAAAUAUUAAAUUAUUUAUUUAAAUAUUAAUUACAUGUGGUAUUUGAAUUUGUAUCAAAUUUAUGGAAUAAUUUCAAAAUACAUAUUUAGUGUAUUACUUGUGAACUUCAAACAUAUGUCAACUAAGUAAUAAUUUGAAAUUCCUCUUAACAAUAUAUUGGGCAUGUUUGUCAACUUUGGCAUAGCUAUAACUGAUUCAGUUGGUAGAAUCAGUUUUAUACUCGUUGAUUCACUAUUGGAUGGCCAUUUUUCUUACACCAAAGAAGAUUCUUAAGAGUAUCCAGAAAGUCUGUUCUGACUUUAUCUGGCAUGGGGAUAAGUCAUGCAGAGCUAAAGCUGCUUGGGAUGUUAUAGCUAUGCCAAAGAAAGAAGGGGGGCUAGGCUUGAAGGACUUGAUUACUUGGAAUGUGGCUUCUGUGGCUCGUCUUAUUUGGCUGCUUCUCCUGCAGGGGGGUAGCUUUUGGGUAGCCUGGAUAAAUCGAUAUAGACUCAUAGGGAUUUCAAUAUGGGAAGCAAAAGUAACGCAAUCUGGGUCCUGGAUCUGGAAGCAAAUAUUGAAGUUAGGACGUGGAUUAGAUUUUGAAUGGAUGUGGCUCAGGGUUGUGUGACAUGGCUGGGUAGGCGAUUGGAUAAAUACUCAGUCUCUGCUGUAUGGGACACUAUCAGGAGGAGGUAGCCUCAUGUUAGCUGGUGGAAGGUUGUUUUGGAACAAGUUUGUAUUACCUCGGAAUAGUGUGCAGGUUUGGCUGAUUAUCAUGGAUCGACUCGCUAUAAGGGACAAGCUUAAACUAUGGGGUGGGAUAAAUGAUAGCAGCUGUGUGCUAUGUAAUGUAGUAGAGGAAUCUCGAGAUCAUCUUCUCUGUCAAUGUCCUUUUAUCCAGGAGAUGACUGCUACUCUGUUGAGAGGAAGGGUAGUGUGCCUCGGAAGUUGGCCUGAACUGUUGGACAGAAUUGCAGCCAGAGUUAGGGAGAAGGGGAGUUGUGGGAAGAUUGAAGCAUCGAUCUGGUGCUGGUGUGUUAAUGCUGUCUGGAAGGAGAGAUGUCAAAGGGUCUUUGGGGAACAACCUCGUACUGCUGUUGUGUUGGCAGAGCAGCUAAGGGAGGAAGUCAGAUUGUAUUCUGUGGCUCUACCCGAGUUUCAGAUCCUCUUAAGCAAAACCAUGUCUUGCUGUAAAUGUUUAGAUGAGUAGGGGUUUUGUUUCUUUUGGUAUUCCUUGUAAAGGACUGGUGUGGGCAUUUUUUGCCUAUGUGUUUUUCGAGCUCUUGUGUUGGUUUAGCCAAGAGGGUGCUUAAUGGUAAAGCUAACUUACCGGGGGGGGGGGGGAAAAUUAUAACUUUACGACCAAAUGUUCUAGGCCUCUUUGUAAAUAAAUUAAAGUUUAUGUAUUAAAUGGUAAGAAAAAUAUAAGUUUGAAUAUGUACUUUUCGAGAAGUGUAAUAUGUGACAAAAAUUCAAAACUAAAAAAAUAUAAUAUUUUAAAUACCAACAAAUAACACAUGAAUAUUCAAACUAACAUGAAUUAUAUGUAAUUUAAAUGCAAGUAUUUAAAAUUCAUGCAUUUUAAAUAUACCUAUCCAAACAUACUAGUAUAUAAGCAAAUCUAUGUCACGUUCGUAAAGAAAAAAAUAUUCAUAAAUACCGGUACUUGGAUUUCAUUUUAGAAUUUAAAUCUUUGUCAUAUAGGUCGACCCUUCUAUUUUUAUCCCUAAUUUGAAAUAUUAAUUGUUAAGGUUUUGUUAAUGCCAAGGUUUGUGUGUUGAUACUCAAAUUGUUAGUAUAGUGCUAACACUAGUUUAAAUCAAUAGUGGAAAAAAAAUUGAUAUUUUUUUUUUAUCUCCAAGGGGUUGAAUAUAAUUAAUGUUGAUUUUUAAAGGAAGGGACAUGUUUGUCAUUAAAAAAAUUAUAGGGUGCACAAGCCUGUGGCGAUGCUCAUUUAUUAUGUAUCUCGCCCUUACCACAAGUUCAUGAAAUAUACCACAAGACACAUACCAGAAACAAAACAAACCACAUCACAAAUAACAUAAAGUAUAUUAGAAAGCUUAUAAAGCAACCAUAACGUCACCAUACCACAAAAUUCAUAAAACAUACCAAAAAACUCAAAGCGGACAACAAGGAUCUUAGAGCAUAGCAGAGAAACCUCAUAAGCAAACCCCAAGUUUAUUAAAGCAUAUUAUAUCCUUCAUUAAGCAUACCACAAGUUCUCUGAAGCAGAACACAAGUUCACUGAAGCAUACCAUAGCAUACCACAAGUUUCCUAAAGUAGAACCAGAAACAUAAUAAAGCGUACCACAAAUUCCCUAAAGCAGACAAAAAAUCUCAUAAAGUAGACAACGAGUUUCAGAAGCAUACUAGAAAUCUCAUCAAACAAAUCACAACUUUCCAGAAGCGUACCCUACAACAUACCAGAAGUCAUGUACAACCACAUAAGAACUCUCGUGGAGCAUAUAAAAAAGACAGAGGAAUAACACCAGAAACCUCACAAAGCAAACUAGAAACAUUAUAGAGGAUUACAAGUAAUAAAAAAUUAUAAUGGUG